AUGGUAGAAGGCGGGAAUGCAGGCGGAGAUAUCUCGGCGAUAGCCAAGCUGCUGCGUCAUCAUCGGGAACUGAAGCAGAGAAAGGGACUGUUCCAGUCGAGACAGGUUGAUUUCUUCCGCUACAAGAGAUUCGUGAGAGCUUUGAAGUCUAGCGAGUACGCAAAGAAGUCGCAGGCACAACCUGAGCUGUAUCCGCCGGUUGGAACCGCUGAAGACGACGAAGCGGGGGCCCGUGACGUGUUCAUCUCUUUGAUCAGAGCUCAGCUGGUGGUCCCUUGCGUUAAAUUGCACAGCGCCGAGUGCAAGGAGCACGGGUUGAAGCCAAGCAAGGACUUUCCUACACUUAUCCUCUCAAACAAGGCAGUUUUGCAGCCAGAUGAGUACUACGUCUGGAACUACAAUCCGAAGACUCUCACAGACUAUCUGAUCGUCGUUGGCGUGAUAGCGGCCAUACUUGCCCUGGUGAGCUAUCCGCUGUGGCCAGCGCUCAUGAGGCGCGCGAGUUAUUAUGUCUCUCUGGGCGCAUUAGGUCUGCUCGGGCUAUUUUUCAUCUUGGCAAUCGUCAGGCUGGUGAUCUACCUAUUCAGUUUGCCCUUCACGAAAAGCAAGGGCGGGUUCUGGAUAUUCCCAAACCUGUUUGAGGACUGUGGUGUCGUGGAGAGCUUCAAGCCCUUGUAUGGCUACGGUGAGAAAGAAUGUUACAGUUAUCUGAAGAAAAUGAAGAGGAACAAGAGAAAACUUGCUAAGAACAAGCAGAUAGACGAAGCAGAGGAUAAAGGAUUGCAGCACUAG